GCCGACUUGAACCGUUGAACUGGAGCUGAGCAAUCUCUCUCACGCUGAACGCACUGGCGGGAGCGGAAGGCGAGGAGGCCACUCCACCACCACCGUCCACCAUGCCGCGAGCGAGGUGACGUCGCCUCCCUCCUCACAUAAAUCUCUCUCUCUACCCGUGCCCAGCAGUAAAAAGAUCGGGGGAGGUGAAGGGGGAGGGACUCCUGUGAGAGGCGAGGGGAGGGGAACGAACGGACGAGGCCGGCCGCGGAAUCGGAGGUGAAUUCGAGGGGAGGAGCUCAGCCUGGUAGGGAAUUUCGCACGGUUCAAACGCGGGCGAGGGGGGCCGCCGGGGUGAGCGCGCGCAGGGGGGCGCGGCGGAUGUGAAGAUCCGGCGCUCUCGAUGGCUUCUUCGGCGGCGGCGGCGGGUGGUGGAGGCGGGCGCGACGAGGAUGGCGCCGCAGCGGCGCAAGGUGGAGGCGGCGGCGGCGGGGGAGCGGAGGACGGCAUGUACGCGGAGCUCUGGAACCUCUGUGCCGGCCCGCUGGUCACGGUGCCCAGGGUCGGGGACAAGGUCUACUACUUCCCGCAGGGACACAUCGAGCAGGUGGAGGCAUCGACCAAUCAGGUGGCUAAGCAGCACAUGCAACUGUACGAUCUCCCAUGGAAGAUCCUGUGUGAGGUCAUGAAUGUUGAAUUGAAGGCUGAACCGGACACUGAUGAGGUUUAUGCUCAGCUUACUUUGCUCCCUGAAUCGAAGCAGCCAGAUGAGAAUGGCUCUAGUGAGGAGAUGCCUGCUGGCCCCCCUGCUGCACCUGUGAGGCCACAUGUGCGCUCGUUCUGCAAGACAUUGACAGCCUCUGACACCAGCACACACGGUGGCUUCUCCGUGCUGCGACGCCAUGCGGAUGAGUGUCUCCCACCACUGGAUAUGAGGCAUCAACCUCCUACGCAAGAGCUUGUGGCCAAGGAUCUGCAUGGUGUCGAAUGGCGCUUUCGCCACAUAUUCAGAGGUCAGCCACGGAGGCAUCUUCUGCAGAGUGGCUGGAGUGUCUUUGUUAGCGCCAAGCGACUUGUUGCUGGUGAUGCCUUCAUCUUCCUAAGAGGUGAGAAUGGGGAGCUGCGUGUAGGGGUUAGGCGUGCAAUGAGGCAGCAAGCAAAUGUUCCAUCUUCAGUAAUAUCAAGCCACAGCAUGCACCUUGGGGUUCUUGCUACUGCAUGGCAUGCUGUUAGCACUGGAACCAUGUUCACUGUCUACUACAAACCAAGAACAAGUCCAGCAGAGUUUGUGGUCCCCUAUGAUCGCUAUAUGGAAUCACUGAAACGAAAUUACCCAAUAGGGAUGAGAUUUAAAAUGAGGUUUGAAGGUGAAGAGGCUCCAGAGCAAAGAUUCACUGGGACCAUUGUUGGAAAUGUGGAUCCUGAUCAAGCUGGAUGGGCUGAAUCUAAAUGGCGUUACCUUAAGGUGAGGUGGGAUGAAGCUUCUUCCAUUCCACGCCCUGAAAGGGUUUCUCCCUGGCAAAUAGAACCUGCUGUGAGCCCUCCCCCCAUCAAUCCGCUUCCGGUGCAUAGACCCAAGAGGCCUCGCUCUAUUGCCACAGCGUCCCUGACUGAUUCUUCAGCUCCGACAACGACAAAAGAAGUGGCUCCUAAGGUCACAGCGGAGACUCAACAGAAUGUCGUACAAAGGACCUUCCAGAUCCAGGAUAAUGCAACCCUGAGAAGUACUUUUGGUGAUAAAAGUGAGCUGAACGCCGCUCAGGAGUCAGCCCUGCAACUGUCAGGAUUUGAUCAGGAAAAGAGUACCAUCGAUACGCAGAGGAAGUUGGGUUCGGAUAGUUGGAUGCAAAUGAAUAGGUAUGAGAGUUACAAUGAGAUGUUAUCUGGAUAUCAGCAACCUAAAGAUCUACAAAAUCAGCAGGGAUUCUGUUCUUUACCUGAUCAGAUUGCUGCUGGGCGUCCUAACUUCUGGCACACCGUAAAUGCUCAUUAUCAGGACCAACAAGGAAAUCACAAUAUGUUUGGUUCAUGGUCCAUGAUGCCUUCAAGUACUGGCUUUGGGUUGAACAGACAGAACUAUCCAACGAUACAGGAAGUUGGUAGGUUGCCUCAGACUUCCGCAAAUACCGAGUUUGGGAAUGGAGUUUAUACUACACUGUCUGGCCGUGGCAUUGAUCAAUACUCAGCUGGAUGGUUUGGCCGUAUGGUACCUGGUUCUCGCUUGGACGAUGCACAGACACGUAUGGUCAAGCCUCAACCUUUGGUUCUUGCUCAUGGUGAAGCUCAGAAAAUGAAAGGCAAUUCAUGCAAGAUUUUUGGAAUUCACCUUGACAGCCCAGCCAAAUCUGAACCUUUGAAUUCUCCACCAAGUGUUGCAUAUGAUGGGAUGCCACAAGCUCCAGCAGCACAUGAAUGGCGGAGGGUAGACACUGAAGUAGAGAAAUGUUCCGACACAUCUAAGAUGGCAAAACAACUUGAUGCUCCACAGGCAGAUCCUAUCCUAAAGAAGCAUCUUUCAUGUCCACAAGCUUCAAGAAGCACAGAGUGUAAAUCACAUGGUGGAUCAACCAGAAGCUGCAAGAAGGUCCACAAGCAAGGGAUUGCACUUGGCAGGUCCGUGGAUCUUACAAAGUUCAAGGGCUACAUGGAACUGGUCGCAGAGCUGGAUGAGAUGUUUGACUUCAACGGUGAGCUGAAAGAUUCUAACAAGGAAUGGAUGGUUGUCUACACCGACAAUGAAGGCGACAUGAUGCUAGUUGGCGAUGAUCCUUGGGACGAGUUCUGCAACAUGGUCCACAAGAUCUUCAUCUACACAAGGGAGGAGGUCCAGCGUAUGAGUCCAGGCAACCUGAACUCGAGGUCUGAGGACAGCCCUGCUAAUUCAACGGAGAGGGGCUCUGCUGUCAGGGAGACACAUGGCUGCCUGCCUACCUCGUCCCUUAACUCCGAGAACUGCUAAUGCCUUCGCAGCUGGUCUCUUUUGAAGUAGCAGCAGAGGACGGAACGCGAUGUAUCCAUAGGUCCGGUAGUGGCGCUUAAUGCUUUUUAUAUGGCAUUGGAUGAGCCCAGAGUACCCUAGUAUUUAUAGCUGGAGCUCGUCCUGGUGGUCUAAGUUGAACCCUCUCAUUCGCUGCAGUUUUGGUUUCUCGUUUGGUGAGGUUAGUCCUUGUCAUACCACCUAAUGUAUGCGUGGAACAACUAAACGAAGCCCUCCCGCGCUUCUUCCCCUUGGCACUAAGCGGUGUACAUAGCUGCUCCCCUGCAUUAAGCCUAAUAUAUUAUCUGCUUAAUCGACAAUCCUGUGGUCUCCUGCCUAAAGUUUCGCCGUUGUGUUGCUGUUCGGCGUUCGGAGGUCAUUCUGUGCUCCCCUAUAGUGGAGUGUUUCUUU